UUUACGACAGGCCGCAUUCCCCGCCUGUAAAGAUGGCGCCCCCCAUUUAGGUAUCCCCCGUGGUUUCUACCCCAGCUGGCCGGGGGCAGUGCUGAGCUAGGGCAAUUAUCUAUCUAGGCUGGGCUGCAGACAGCUGCCGUUCAAGUUCGCUUCUGGUUACAGCUUCUGGAACCCACGCACCUCUAAGGGUCAAGAGUCGCCGAUUCCUUCUAGUCCCAGCAAGUUCCUCCUCUGCCCCUGGUUCGUUUCCCCGGCCACCUCCGGGCACCCCGAAGCCCCUGACACUCCCAGACUCAAAAACUAUGAGCCUUCCGCCACUGCUGUUGCGCUCGCCCCGCCAUCUCCGGGCGCCGGGACGCCCGCGCCGCCUGUGGUGGUCCCCGUCCCUCGGCCCCGUCUCGGUGGGCUCCUGGCGGGGCCAGUCCUCCAAGGCCCCGGCCUACUGGAAUCAGGUGGUGUCGGAGGCGGAGAAGAUCGUGGGCUACCCCACGUCCUUCAUGAGCCUCCGCUGCCUACUGAGCGACGAGCUCAGCAACAUCGCCAUGCAGGUGCGGAAGCUGGUGGGGACUCAGCACCCGCUGCUCACCACCGCCAGGGGGCUUGUACAAGAUAGCCGGAAUAACCUCCAACUGAGGGGCUUGGUGGUGCUACUUAUUUCUAAAGCAGCUGGGCCCAGCAGUGUGAAUGCUUCAUGUCAGAACUAUGACAUGGUCAGUGGGAUCUAUUCAUGUCAAAGAAGUUUGGCAGAGAUCACAGAACUUAUCCAUACUGCUCUCCUUGUACAUCGUGGAAUAGUAAAUUUAAGUGAAUUGCAAUCUUCUGAUGGGCCACUGAAAGACAUGCAUUUUGGAAAUAAAAUUGCUAUCUUGAGUGGAGACUUUCUUCUAGCAAAUGCCUGCAAUGGACUAGCUCUGCUACAGAACACCAAGGUUGUGGAACUUUUAGCAAGUGCCCUUAGGGACUUGGUACAAGGAGUAUACCAUGAAAAUUCUAUUUCAGCAAAGGAAGAUUCUAUCACAAAUGACAUUGGAAUAUCGACUUGGAAGGAGCAGACUUUUCUCUCCCAUGGUGCCUUAUUAGCAAAGAGCUGCCAAGCUGCAAUGGAAUUAGCAAAGCAUGAUGCUGAGGUUCAGGAUAUGGCAUUUCAGUAUGGGAAGCACAUGGCCAUGAGUCAUAAGAUAAAUUCUGAUCUCCAGCCUUUUAUUAAAGAAAAGACCAGUGACUCCACGACAUUUAAUCUGAACUCAGCUCCUGUAGUCUUACAUCAGGAGAUUCUUGGAAGAGAUUUGUGGAUUAAACAGAUUGGCGAGGCUCAAGAGAAAGGAAGAUUAGACUAUGCUAAGAGAGAGUGGAAGAGAGAGGGAAAGACAGAGAGAAACAUCGAUGUGAGAGAAACACACCGAUUGGUUGCCUCCUGCACGAGCCCCGGCCAGGGCCCGCCCCAGGGAGGAGUCUGCAACCAAGUUGCGAGAAGCAAUCAAAGCUGGCAAAGGUGUGACUUCAGCUAUUGACCUGUGUCGUUACCAUGGAAACAAGGCCCUGGCGGCCCUGGAGAGCUUUCCUCCCUCCGAGGCCAGAUCUGCUUUAGAAAACAUUGUGUUUGCUGUGACCAGAUUUUCGUGACACCAAAUUAAAAAGACACUAUUGUUCAUUAGCUGGAAAAACAGGGAUGAGGUGAUCCAGCGAGCUUUCAUAAUGAAAUAUCUCAAUUUGCUAAUGACUUUAAAAACAUACACAUGGUUUUUUCUUCUUUUUAUCACAUUGCUAAAUGCAUACUGCCAUCUUUUUGGAACUGCUACAAACAAAAUUAGAAGAAAAAAAGGUCAAGCCGUUUUCCUUUGUCACGCCAGAAGCACACUUGAGGCUGCAGUAGCAGAAAUAAUUAAUGAGAUUCGCUCCUGUGACCUCAGCAAAUGGACAGGAAAUAAGUCCUUAUUGAUUGGACCGAGCCAGGGAUGGCGCCAGGGCGGUGGCCUGUGGUUUUCCUUCUAGAGAGGACAGAGCAAGCUGGGCGCUGCAGGUGUCAAGGGACACGCUGACAGUGCCAGGCCGGGGGACUGUCGCUUCAAAGACCAGUGACCAGAGGGCAGUUCAGUGAUUAAGAAAAACUAUGCUUUGUCUUCUGGCAGUUAUGUCUCUGUGUUUACAGACCCCAUGUGAAUAUACUUUCACUUCAUGGUUUUUGUACAAUUUGGGGAAAAUUGUUGGGGGAAAAAAAUGCCAAAUAGUUGAAUUAAGAGAUUAAAACGUUAUCAAAAGUUAACUUGGUUGUAGUAGGAAUUGCCUGUUUUUCUUUCUUAAAGAUCAAUUUUCUUUUUAAACACAUUUCAAAGAAUAAAAAUUUUUUUAAAAACUGAACAAAAUA